GGUUACCAUAGUAACGGCAAUACAAAUUUUGAAAAAUGUCCGAAAUUUUGUCGAAUUAUGGAAUCUACUUCGAUGAAGUUGAUAGAGUUUGCAUUCUUGAACCAGAAGUGGCCAAACAAACAAAUAAUCUUAAAGAGGAAUGCCAAAUCUACGUUGAAAAAAUUGACGAAUUUCAAAGGAUAACUCAAAAAUUUGUUGCCAUGGUUGAAAAUCUAAGUAAACUAGUUGAAAAGGAGAAAAUUAAGGCUAUAGGAAUGAGAAAUAUUUUACAAAGUAUGGAGAAGCAAAAAGAAAAUAAUCAGCAACAGUUACAGGCUUUAAUAGCAGAAAAGUCGAUGGAGUUGGAGAGACUAAAAAUCCAAUUGAAUUCACUGUUAAAAACUGAAAUGGAACAAAAUGAGACCAUAACUCAACUAACACGCUAUUAAAAAUCUAUCAAUACUUUA